AUCGUGGGUCUUACAGCUGUUCUAGUGGUCAACGCCAAUGGAAAAGUUUUACUGGGAUUCUAAUAUGAUGCAACGUUAACUGCAUCGCAAAUCUGACCGCUUGACCAUUCUGGCGUCGUUAUUAUUGAACAUUAGCCUCGUAUUCAUGUUCUCAUGGAGAUAACCGGAUUUUCGUCAACAAUUUCUAUGCUCGAAUUCCUAUAAAACCAUUUGGACCUUUUUACUUGGAUAAACUUUACAAGAAACACAUUGUAUAUUAGCGGAUUCAAAUUUUACCAGCUUCACAACGAAGUGUUUCUUUUAAGUAGGCUCGAAACAUGAAUUAUGUAUUUUACUAAUAUUAAUGAAAUUGUGAACUUCUAAAAAGAGAAUUUCAAACUAGAACGAUUCUAAAUUCAAAAUGGGACAUUUUCGUCUACAAAAGCUGACUGAAAACGUAUUGAAAUAUCUAAUGUUAUGUUUCACCAUUCUUUAUGUGAUCGACCUGGCCGGAGUGUCCGGUCAUGGCCGUCUGGUCAGUCCGCCCGGACGGUCAACGAUGUGGAGAUACGGGUACAGCACACCACCAAAUUACAACGACCACCAGCUUUUCUGUGGCGGUUUUGCGAUCCAGUGGUGGGUGAAUGGCGGUAAAUGCGGUAUCUGUGGAGAUCGGUAUGACCUUUCUGUCCACGACAACGAGCCGCCGAAUGGUCGAUUUGCAAAUGGCAUCAUAACUGGAUAUUACGUAAAAAGUGGCACUAUCAAUAUCAACGUGGAGAUUACUGCAAGUCAUAAAGGAUACUUCGAGUUCCGGUUAUGCCCAAAUAACAACGUAAGGAGAGCAGCCACGCAAUCCUGUCUAGAUCGCUACCUCCUACAAGAGUAUUACGGAAAUUCAACCAGGGUUCACGUCGAUGACUCGAGUGUUGGGUUUUACGACAUUAAAAUGCGACUCCCAUACGACGUCACGUGCUCGCAGUGUGUCCUGCAAUGGCGUUACAUAUCAGGAAACAGGUGGGGCUGUGCCAAUAACGAUUUCAUCCGAGGCAAUUGUGGAUUAGGUUUUGGACCACAGGAAGAAUUUUACGCAUGUGCAGAUAUUGCAAUUCUUGAAAGUGACAAAGACGACCAUUCAACUCCCUCUCCGACCACACAAUUUCCGCCGAUUACACCAAGAGUACCGACCUCACUGACCACAAAAUCACCGCCUGUUACAACAACUCCAACAACGACCCCUGCCACGACACAAUCUCCAACUCAACUCCCUGUAACUCGUAUGCCGCCUCCCUCCAUCCAAAUCGUGUGCAAGUCCGCCGGUGCCUGGAAAGGGUUGCUGGCCAUGGACAGGUGGUGUCACGUCAAUUGUAAGCGUAGGUACUGUCCAAUGACCCACUGUAAAUGUCGUCCGGCUGGUCAGUUAGUGGAUGACCAGGAUAGUGGACUCCUAGGAACGGGGAAAAAUUGUUUCUCGGUUGCCGGGAAUCCAGGCCUUGACCUCUGGUGCCAACAUAACUGUCCACAGGGACUGUGCGACCAGAACAUGUGCUAUUGUACGCAGACUGGGUCGGGAUAGAAUCAGGCUGAACUGAUGGGUCGGGAUAGAAUCAGGCUGAACUGAUGGGUCGGGAUAGAAUCAGGCUGAACUGAAAUAGAAACAUAAUUCAAAGUAAAGUUGAAUAGCACCUUGACAAGACUAUGUUGUCAAUGUAUAUUGCUGUUUACUGCUGUGGACUGCUCAUGUUUCGCAGAGGUCCUUGAUAUACUUACAAAAUAUAAACAUCGCUUGCGUUUUCAAUAAAGGAACAAACAUUCAAAUUAACCUUUGAUUCUGAACGACUCCAUUACCCUAUGUAUAACAGGAUAUUAUAUUCCCUACAUAACAUCUGUUCAUUAUAGUAGAACGUGCCCUAAUAUUUUAUAAAACAUGUCUGAAAUACAAAAUAAUUUUUU